GCGACUUUCGCUUUUGGUGUGUUGUAAAUUACUAUUAAAAAAUAAUAAUUUACAAGUGUGAACAGGCAUAAGUAGACAAUUGAUAUCUAAAGAACAAGGAUACACCUUCUUUCAUAAUGGCUGGAAACGAAGAUCUGGCAAGGUUGGUUAAUAUGGUUCUACUGAAGCAAGGGGGCCAGCUAAACAUUGACCAGUUACAGCAGGACCUCACAAAGAACCAAGGUGUACAAAUUGCUAAUGUCCAGUCACUUUUAAUUUUCUUGAAAAAGUUCCCACGCAAUUUCGUCAUAAAUACAGUAGGUGACGGAAGAAAAAAAGUGUCUGACGUGCGUGUGAUAUCGGAUAUCGAGACCUGUGUUGAACAUUGCAAGAAACAAGGAAGUUGCCAUAGUCAGAAUGGUGAAUGUGGCCGACUACACAUUUGCAAGUUCUUUCUUCUGUCUGGUCACUGUAAUUUUGGUCCUGGAUGUGCAUUCGGUCAUGACUUUAUAUCUCGGCAUAAUUUUAAUGUUUUCAUGUCGCAUAUGCUUGAUCCAGGAUCUAUCGAAGCAGAAUAUUUGAGAGAUCUGCUGUGUCAGAAUGAAUGCAGAAAUGCUACCACGAUGCCCGAUACAUGUAAAUUUUACAACACAUCAAAGACCUGCUCCAACAAGAGAUGUAGAAGCCUGCACAUUUGUCGACAUUUUCUUGAAGGAACCUGCAAGUUUGGGUCCGACUGUAGAAGAAACCAUUCCGUGGAAGAACCAUCUUUUAUGGACAUCCUUGAGGACUAUGGUUUUGAUGUGAACCGAAACCCUGAAGUAAUACUAGAAGAUCUUCAAAACUUCUAUAAAAAUAACACAUCUACAAACAUCGAAUCAUCGCAACCUCAACCAGACGACUUUUCAUCUGACUUGGAUGGGGAACCACCUUCAGCAUUCCCAGCAGUGCCUGUCCCAUGGCCUAGAACAAAACGAAGCCCUCCGAAAACGAGAACAGAUGAAGAGAAAACUGAGGAAGGAUGUUGAUGAACGCCAGCUGUUCCACGGGACACACGUUGACAACAUCGAGGCGAUUGUAGAAAGAUGUUCAUUGCUCUAACUUUGGUGGGUGACUUUUCAAAGGGUAACCAAUCAUUUGUACGUCCACCACCAAAAAUUGAUUCUAAACCAGAUGGUGAUUUGUUUGACAGCUGUGAUGACAACGUAGAAAAUCCUAAAAUCUUUGUAAUCUUUGAUUUGUACCAGGUGUAUCCGCAGUAUCUUAUCACCUAUGAGUAAGACUGUGUCUUCAUGCACUGUGCAAGAUCACCCUGUUGGUAAAGUAAACUAAUCGUAAGUUUAGAACCUGGGGCCUAAUUCACUAAACUAAACUUUACGAUAUCGCAGUGCAAUGCUAAAAACUUGCAAAGAGAUGCUUUGUUGUCUAGUAGAGCCUAAGAGAGCUUUGUGAAUUAGGCCCCAGAAUUCUUAGUUUUACACUAUACCAGGGAAUAAAGAUUAAAUAAAUUAGAGAUCAGCUGUGAAUCAUUCAUUCCAACAUUAUGUGAUUGCAGGUUUUUUUUAUUUAACACUAGAAGAAAUCGACCACAGCAGAAGUUUCUAUUUUAAAAAGAUACAUUCUUAAAAUUCUAUUUCUCUUUCACCACUAAUAAUUAGGAAAUUAGUUAGGUGUCCUAACAGGAACACAUGUAAGUAUGUAAAAUAUUUUAGAUGGACGUGGUAAUUAUUUUAACGAUAUUUGUACACAUAUGGUUCCGUUAAUUUUGUUUUAAAACAUUUAAGCCACAUCACAAUUUUUAAGUUGGACAAUUCAAUUUUAUCUUUUGAUUAUAAUGACAGUGUUCAGAAUACUAUUCGUUGUAUACACUACCAAGACGCUGAACUUGAUACCUUGCUGCUAAUCGAAAAUAGUAGCCCAUAAGUUUUAAAAGAUGAAAGAAAUAAAAAGUACCUUUUGUCAAAUAUAUAAUAUCAAAAAAUUACUGUUGAAUAUGUUUUAUUUAUUGUGUACGAAACCAAAACAAGGGUCGGAAAAGUGACUUUACUCGACUUUAGAAAAAAGGUAAGGUCUAAAUGGUAGGUAUUUACAACGAUAAUAGUGCUAAGAUUGCUCUGUGAUAGCACACAGUAUUAUGUGUCCCUUCAUUUCUCUCCAUCAGUAGAUCACAGGAUCUAUAUUGGAAAUAAAACACACAAUUUGAUUUUAACAAAGGGAAGAAAAUUAGUAUUAAUCGAUUCUACAGUCCGUCCCAGCAUUCUAUUACAAAAAUGUUUUGGUAAAUAAUUUCAGUUUGGUUUGAUGUAAGAAGAAAAGUAAAAGUCAGGGCUUCUAGAUUAUGGCUAGUGAUAUUCAAUGUUGGGCUAGUAGA